AUGAAACAGUCAGUAAUAAUAGGUUGGAAUGAACUACCUUCUAAUAGUGAUAGUGAUAUUGAUUCAAACAGUACAUCAAAUAGUGAAAGUAAAGAUAGUACCCAAAAAAGAAGGUUGGAUCCAAAAGAGCUAAUAAAUCCUCAAAAGCAUAAGGAAUAUUUUGCACCCGAUCCAUUUUCACAUGGAUCCGAAUUCUUGAGACCAGAAUUGUGUACAAAGAUGUCACGAUCCCCUUAUUUAGGAACCAUCACCAAAUCAGCUGAAUUCGAUUCAGGAGAAACCUUAAUUAUUAGUCAUUUAUUUCAUUUGCUUGUGGAAAACAAAAAAAACAAAAAAACUAAUCAGAGACCAUUAAUAACGCAUAACAUGUCAACUGAAUCUAAUGAUGAAGGAUCGUUGUAUCUUCAAAUCCCUGCUUCACCUUCAGAUGAAGCCAUAAAACUUCCUAGUUACAGAGUUGCAAGGCAAUUGGCUUUUGACAGAAUCAUUAACAAAAUAGGAAUGGGAAAAUUUCAAAAACAAUUGUUGGUCCAUCGCGUACGCGAAGCUACAGCAGUUUUACGCAAAAUUGCUAAAAUAAACGGAAAUUCUUUUGAAAUUAAAGACAAUGAGAUUCCAUCCACAACAGACAAUUCGAUUAAUUCUAAUUAUGUUGGAUCAUCUUCAAAUGAUAACUCCCAAUCCGUCGGGUGUUUGAGUGAUGAUGAAGAUACUGACGGCAAAACUUUAAUACGAGAGGUAUUAAGAGAUUAUCUGAUAUACUCUGUUUGUGGGAUUCCAGGAUCUUUAUUUGGAUCCUUCCUUAUUGAAACAACAUUAGGUCGCAAAGGUAGUAUGGCUCUAGCGACUUUUGGAACUUCACUGGCAGUAUUCUUGUUCUCUACUGUCCGUUCUCGUUCUGGUGAAGUCAUUUCUUCAGCUAUGGUCAGCUUUUUGGCAACCCUUAAUUAUGCUGUAAUAUAUGGGUACACUCCUGAAGUAUUUGAAGUUAAAUUAAGGGGUACUGCAAGGACUGUGAUCUCAGAAAACAGAACCGCAAAAAUUAACAUAAUACAUAGCACACCGAAAUCAG